GAUGAAUUUCGACCACAAUAUGCUCUAUUCUGCUCCAUAUCUUCUCACAUCAAACGCAAAUAUAUGCAAAUAAGAGAUAUAUCAUGAGUCCUAGAAACUUACAUGUUGUCAACUUGCCAGUUAACAUGGACAGGACCUGCUUGGUUUUUCAUCUUGUGGUAAUAUUAUGUCUCCUUAGGACUUCCAUAGCACGAACCAAGACCAUCACAACUGACCAAUCUGCACUUCGUGCCUUAAAAUCCCAUGUUACAUUUGAUCCAUCAGAUGUGUUGUCAAGAAGCUGGAUAUACCAAAUCCCAGUGUGCAACUGGACUGGAGUGAAAUGCUCGUCUCUCCACCAAAGAGUAGUGGCCCUGAACAUUUCUCAUCUAGGCCUUCAAGGUAACAUUCCUCCACAAGUCGCAAACCUCUCUUUUCUCAAUUCAAUCGACAUCAGUGGCAAUGAUUUCCAAGGCAACUUGCCUGAGGAGCUGGUACAUCUGCAGAGACUCAGUUAUAUCAAUUUCAGCUUCAACAAGUUCAGUGGAGGGGUUCCUUCAUGGCUUGGUUUUCUGCCUAAUCUUCAAUACUUAUAUUUGGCAAAUAACAGUUUCACAGGUAUUCUUCCAAGUUCCCUGUUCAACGCUUCCAAAUUGGAGGACAUGAGAAUUCCUUACAGUCAAUUGGAAGGUAUUAUAGCUGAAGAAAUUGGUAAUCUUGGCAAUUUGAAGAUCUUAGAUUUGCAAGAUAACGAGCUUAUGGGGUCUAUACCGCGGACCCUUUUCAAUAUUUCGUCGUUGCAAGUAAUUACUUUGACCAACAACAGCUUAAGCGGUACUCUUCCCAUGAACAUCUGCACUAAGCUUCCAAAGCUUCAAGGAAUAUAUCUAUCAAGAAACCUAUUAUCAGGCCAGAUUCUUUCACGAUUCAAGAAUUGCACGGAGCUUCAAAGUCUAUUACUGUCCAUGAAUAAUUUCAGUGGACAAAUACCAAGAGAGGUUGGAAACUUAACAAUGUUAAGCAGAUUGCGUUGUGGAUAUAACAUGUUUGAAGGUGCAGUUCCACCAGGGAUAGGAAAUCUCCUGAAUCUAGAGGUGUUGCACAUGGCGUUUUGUUUGCUGAAUGGCCCAGUUCCAGCAGAAUUUGGCAAUCUUCAGAAAUUACGGACUUUGGACCUCACUAUGAAUUUCUUAAGUGGUCCCAUUCCCAAAUCUAUAUUUAACAUUUCAACCUUGACAAAUAUCUCAUUUACAUUGAAUAACCUUUCAGGGAGUAUUCCACCUAAUAUAGACCAACAGCUGCCGAACCUUGAAGGGUUAUUACUUGGUGGUAAUAAACUAAGUGGAGUUGUUCUUGACUCGAUCUCAAAUCUUACAAAAUUAAGUCAGUUGGAACUCGGACAGAACCAAUUUACUGGUUCAAUUCCUACAUCACUUGGCAGUUUGAGGUUCCUUGAGUAUCUUAAUAUUCAACGAAACCAUUUCACUUCUGAUUCUCCGUCAGAGUUCAGCUUUCUUACAUCUUUGACAAAAUGCAGAAAUUUAAGGUUUCUAAGCAUAUCAGAAAACCCCUUAAGUGGGGAACUUCCUCCUACCAUAGGCAAUUUUAGUAGCUCUUUUCAAAACUUUUAUGCAAUAUUAUGUGGAAUUAAGGGCAAUAUUCCACAUGAAAUUGGUAACCUUAGCAGUCUGUUACUGUUGAGUCUUGGUAACAACAGCUUCACUGGACCACUUCCAGAUACCCUCAAAGGGUUAUCAAAUCUUCAAGGAUUAGAUCUUCAAGAUAACAGAAUAUCAGGGUCCAUUCCGAACCAUCUGUGCACUUUGAGGCAUUUAGCUAUAGUACAGUUGAGCAGAAAUCAAUUCAGUGGUCAGGUGCCAGAUUGCUUUGGAAAUAUAACUUCUCUAAGAGAACUUUAUUUGUACUCCAACAGACUGAACUCCACAUUCCCAGCAAGCCUUGGAAGGCUGAAAGACUUGUUAUAUUUAGAGAUCAGCUCAAACUCUUUCAUUGGUGAUAUACCACCCGAAGUUGGGAAUCUGAAGGCUGCAUUAGACAUUGACUUGGCAGAGAACGAAUUUUCAGGUAACAUUCCAACAACACUAGGAGGUCUCCAGAACUUGAUCAGUCUCACAUUGGCACAUAAUGAAUUACAAGGUCCUAUCCCAGAGACAUUCAGCAACCUGUUAAGUUUGCAAUUAUUAGAUCUAUCUAAUAACAACUUCACAGGCGAAAUAUCUACAUCAUUGGAAUCGCUUUUGCAGUUAAAAUAUUUCAAUGUGUCAUUCAAUGAGCUACAGGGAAGGAUUCCAUUAAAUGGUUCUUUCGCCAACUUCACAUAUGAAUCUUUUAUGUCAAAUAAAGCAUUAUGUGGAGGUCCUCCUUCAUUGCACUUCCCUCCUUGCACCGUCCAUUCACCACAUGGAUCAAAGAAGAAAAGGUUGCGUCUAGUGGCAUACACUCUGAUACCAUCAGCAUUGAUGAUUAUCCUCAUCACCAUUUUGUUGGCUAUCUUGAAGAAGAGGAGAAAGAGGGCAAAUACCUCUGAAGUGGAGUUAUUCCCCACGAUUUUGCAUGAAAGGGUAUCUUACCGUGAACUCCAGCAGGCAACUAAUGACUUCAGUGAAAGCAAUUUGAUUGCAAUAGGGGGUUAUGGUUCAGUUUACAAAGGGGUUCUGGAGGAUGGGGCACCAUUCGCAGUAAAGGUUUUCAGUUUGCAGUCAGAAGGAGGAUUCAAAAGUUUUGAAGCAGAAUGUGAAGUUCUGCGCAAUCUUCGGCACAGAAAUCUAGUUAAAGUCAUCAGUAGCUGCUCCAACCCAGAUUUCAAAGCUUUAAUCUUAGAUUAUAUGCCCAAUGGGAGCCUAGAGGAAUGGUUGCAUUCUUACGACUGUUCCUUGGAUUUCUUGCAAAGAUUAGAUAUCAUGAUCGAUGUAGCUUCUGCAUUGGAUUAUCUGCAUCAUGGUUAUUCAUCUCCAGUUGUGCACUGUGAUCUAAAGCCUGGCAAUGUUUUGCUAGAUGAAGAUAUGACAGGUCACCUGAGCGAUUUUGGAAUUUCCAAGUUACUUGGUGGAGGUGAAAUUACAGCACAAACAAAGACACUCGCAACAAUUGGCUAUAUUGCACCAGAGUAUGGAUUUGAGGGUGUAGUAUCCACAAGGUGUGAUCUCUACAGCUUUGGUAUUCUUUUGAUGGAAACCUUUACAAGAAAGAGGCCAACUGAUGAAAUGUUUGGCGAAGAUUGCGGAUUGAAGGACUGGGUGAUGGAUGCGCUGCAAAAUUCAGCAACCCAUUUCAUUGAUAGCAACCUAAUUACUCUGAGGGACGAAAAUUCAAACAAAAAGGUGCAAUGUGCAUUAUCGGUCAUGGAAUUGGCCUUGAGGUGCAGUGCUGAAUCACCAGAGCAGCGCCUAGACGCAAGAGGUGCUUUAAAUGAACUCAGAAAAAUAAAAGUUGUCUUUCUUGCAGAUUCAAUUUAAGAACAAAUGGACACAAACAACAAUCACAAGUAAUCAGAUUUCUUUUUGGGUGGGUGUAAUAUUUUCAUUUGCAUACUAGUGCAACUUGUCGAACCAUUAUGAAGUUGGAAGUAGGCAACUUAAGUAGCAUACCCUCUUUGGUUUA